CUCGAACCUCUAGCUUCUCCCAUGGUCAGGAUCAUUUGAUCGACAAACCGCCAAACCACACGAAUGCUCACCCACGAUGUCUAAAGAGCAAUUAUUUCAGCUUCUUCCAAUGCCCGACGAUGGGCUGGAACAGGUGCUCGAGUAUGCCGCCACGCUGUCCAAGGCCGAAGCCGCGGAGCAUUUCACCAACAUGCUCGGUGACUCACCACAGGUCAUCGAAUUCAUUUCAACAUUCAACGCCCGUCGUGCAGAACCAGAGUCCGCCCAAAAGUCCGCACCGACACCUGCGGCCACCGGGAAUGGUUCAAGUCAAGCAUCCGACGUCGACGCCGUACCGAAGUCUCGUCGCGGCCCCAAGAAGAAGAAGGCACCGAUUCACACCCCUCCUCCCAGACAGGUCGCUUCGUUCGAUCUCGCUCCGGGGAGAGUAUACAACAAGAAGAAUCAGGAAGAGGACUACAUAUCUGGGAACAAGUCAGGCACAGCAACACCAACCCACAACAACGCUCAACACAGCAGCACGGCACCCGCCAAAGCUGCAACUCCCCCGCCUCAACCAUCCAAAGCCCCACCAUCCGCUGCCGGGACUCUCGUAUCCGAUCUUGGUCUCCCCAAGCCAAAAACGAAAUCCAAUCCCGUUUCCCGCACUUCCACGCCGGGCCCAUCUUCGGCACGUAACCAAACCGCCACCACGAAGGUGUCCAUCACGGGCGGCACCCCGAUGCAUGGGUCUUCGACCGCGUUAGCCGACCUCGACCAAGCCAUCCGCUCGCUCGAGAUCACGACCAAUCCCUCCCACGCUUCCAACAGCCCCGCGAACCUGGCGGCACGCCGCUGCAACUGCGUCGCCACACGCCACCCGCUCCUCGAGGCCGCGCCCAACUGCCUCAACUGCGGCAAAGUCAUCUGCAUCAAGGAGGGCCUCGGGCCCUGCACCUUCUGCGGCGAGCCCCUGCUAAGCUCUGCCGAGGUGCAGACCAUGAUCAAGGAGCUCCGCGCGGAGCGCGGCCGCGAGAAGCAGGCGAUGGACAGAGAGGCACACAAGAAGGCCCAGGCCGCCGGCGGCGCGCGCCGGCCGUUUACGCGGCCCGGCGUCGACAAGGAGGACCUGACGGUCGCCGAGGCGAUGGCGCUGCAGCACCGGGAUAAGCUUCUCGGGUUCCAGGCGCAGAACGCCAAGCGCACGACGGUCCGGGACGAGGCCUCGGACUUCGACGCCACCUACACGGGCGGCAUGUGGGCGAGUGCCGAGGAGAGGGCGAUGGCGCUUAAGAGGCAGCAGAAGUUGAUGCGGGAGAUGGAGUGGAAUGCGAAGCCAGAGUACGAGAAACGUCAGCAGGUAGUGAGUAUCGACUUGUCGGGAAGGAAGGUGUUCAAGAAGACAGUCAAGCUGGAGCGGCCCCCGAGUCCGGAAGAGGAAGGGGGCGAAGAACCGCGGGAAGGGAUGGGUGCAGGAGCCGCAUCUGCAACACCGGAGUCUGGUGGUGGGAAAGGAAGCCACGGAGGAGCGUUUAGCAAGAAUCCGCUUAUGGGCGGCCUGAUCAGGCCAGUUUACGACGUCAAGGGGAAAGGAACAGAGCUGGAAGGGAGGAAAGACCGGGGUGCACGGUGGAGGAGGGUCCAAGAUGACCGUGACGACAACGAGGCCAUCAUUCUCGACGGUGGUCUCUACGGGAGGACGGCCGAGGCCCAUGAGGGAGGAGCCGCUGGUGAUGAGCCUGCAUGCGGGUGACCGAGCACGGUUUUUGCGUACCUAUCUAUCAUUGAUCCGUGCGUUCAUACUUGCUACGCUAGAACCACCAAAAGGUCUUUGAUGAGUUGAUGCCCUCGGGACCCUUGUUCUCCCACCUUAGUCGUCUUCCAGAAGCCGGGCCAAACUGGAUCAUUGGCGGCCCCGGGUCUUG